UAAUUAAACUUAGUAAUCAUGGCUAUAAUUUAUAUAGUAAGGAAAUACAAUAUUUCGACCUCGACAUAUGCGACUAUGCAAGUAUGCAUGUCUGAGUUUCGGUACAAUAAUGGCCAGCCCACUUCGCGCACACCCGUCUAGGCCGAAAAUGCGGCCCAGAUAGUCGGAGUGAAAACGCGUCGACCUCGAUCGUCGGUCGAUGGCCAGCAAAGCUCACCGUGGAUCUUUUCCUUUGUUCCCUUUUUCUUUUCAGCCGCCACACCGCAGCUCCGGAACCGCUGCUGCCCGGCCCAUUUUACCACCGAUCCAUGGCGGAGGAUUCGGCGGCGGCGGCCACGUGGGGCGGCGGCGACAAGCUCAUCCUGCGCGGCCUUCAGUUCCACGGCUUCCAUGGCGUCCUGCGGGAGGAGAAGACGCUGGGGCAGAAGUUCGUCGUCGACAUCGACGCCUGGAUGGACCUCGCCGCCGCCGGCGAGUCCGACUGCAUCGCUGACACCGUCAGCUACACCGAUAUCUACAGCAUUGCAAAGGAUGUUGUCGAGGGCACGCCACGCAACCUCUUGGAGUCGGUAGCCCACUCGAUCGCAGAGGCCACGCUGCUCAAGUUCCCUCAGGUCUCCGCAGUCCGGGUGAAGGUUGGCAAGCCUCACGUCGCGGUGCGAGGCGUUCUGGACUACCUGGGCGUGGAGAUAACGAGGCAGAGAAAGAAAGAAUGAGACGCUGUACAGUCUGAUCGGAGAUGAACAAUUAUUGUACCCACACCCACACUGCCGCCAUAAACCACAAUCCACACUUGUUGGCAACUUGGCAUCAAUGUUUCCUCCCUUCUCGAACACAACUUGUGGCAUCACGUUUGAUGAACAAAGACAGUUUGGCAGCUGGUUGACAGUGGUACAGACAGUCUGAGUCUGAAAUGGGAAUGGUAUUUCCUGAUUUCAUGUAUUUCCAGCUGGUUUUGCUCGGUUAUUUCUAUCACAUAUGGAUUAGAUGAGAUUGAAAACAAAA